AUUUUGGUUUCUAAAAUUGUAAAAAUAAUCCACGAUCCUUCUGUUUUCUUCUUCCUCUCUCUUCUAUUCGCACUUCCACCUGUUUAGUUUCACCAAAUCAAGCUCCCUUCUUUCUCUUUUUGAAAACCUUGAGACCCUUUGACAGAAGCAAGCAAGGCAUUCACUUAGAAUCUGAAAUUUCGGUUUCAUAGAAAUUGAUGAUUGGAACGUAGCUACUGAGGUAUUGGGUGUUGAACAAGAUGGCCGAUGUUGCAGCAAACAACGCAAGUCACCCAAAUGAGACCCCCAAAAAUGUAUUUGAUUUUGGAACGUUUGUUGGAGACUUGAUUGUUGAGGAGGAUACCAGCAGUGAUGAUAUAUCGUUGGAGGGGCUUCAGCAAGAAUUGGAAGAAUGCAAAAAUGAUGAUGUGGUUGCAAAUAUAUUGUCCAAAGGUAUAAAACUAAGGGAGUAUACAAAGGGGGUUGAGAACAACCUACGACAAGUCGAGUUGGAUUCAAUUCAGGAUUAUAUAAAAGAAAGUGAUAAUCUAGUGUCUCUCCAUGAUCAAAUUCGUGAUUGUGAUAGCAUCUUGUCCCAAAUGGAGACCCUUCUCAGUGGGUUUCAGGCUGAGAUUGGUUCAAUAAGUUCAGACAUAAAAAUACUACAAGAGAAGUCUAUGGAUAUGGGUCUAAAGCUAAAGAAUCGCAAGGUGGCAGAAUCGAAGCUGGCCAAAUUUGUUGAAGACAUUAUAGUACCUCCAAGGAUGGUUGACAUAAUUGUUGAUGGGGAGGUCAACGAUGAAUAUAUGAGAACUCUUGACAUUCUAAGCAAGAAGCUGAAGUUUGUUGAAGUGGAUCCAAUGGUUAAAGCUUCAAAAGCGCUGAAAGAUGUUCAGCCUGAGCUUGAAAAAUUGAGGCAGAAAGCAGUAUCAAAGGUGUUUGAUUUUAUUGUUCAAAAGCUUCAAGCACUGAGGAAACCAAAGACAAACAUCCAGAUCCUUCAACAAAAUGUUCUUUUAAAGUACAAGUAUGUCAUUUCCUUCCUCAAAGAACAUAGCAAAGAGGUGUAUGGUGAAGUUCGUGCAGCAUAUAUUGACACAAUGAAUAAGGUUCUAAGUGCACAUUUCCGAGCUUACAUUCAAGCAUUGGAGAAAUUACAGUUAGAUAUUGCAACUUCUAAUGAUUUGAUUGGUGUGGAGACCAGAAGCACUAGUCUUUUUUCAAGAGGAAGGGAACCACUGAAAAACCGUUCUGCUGUUUUUGCAUUGGGGGAGAGAUUAAAUGUUUUAAAGGAAAUUGAUCAACCUGCACUUAUUCCACAUAUUGCCGAAGCCAGCUCUUUAAAGUAUCCAUAUGAGGUCCUCUUCAGGAGCUUGCACAAACUGCUAAUGGAUACAGCAACUUCUGAGUAUCUUUUUUGUGAUGAGUUCUUUGGGGAGGAGUCCAUAUUUUAUGAUAUUUUUGCCGGUCCAUUUGCUGUCAUUGAUGAACACUUCAAUUCUAUACUUCCAAAUUGUUAUGAUGCUAUUGGCCUUAUGCUUAUGAUACGCAUAAUACACCAGCACCAGCUUAUCAUGUCUCGGCGAAGGAUUCCAUGCUUGGAUUCAUAUCUAGACAAGGUUAACAUUUCUCUCUGGCCUCGUUUUAAGAUGGUAUUUGACAUGCACCUCGGCAGUCUGCGAAAUGCAAAUGUGAAGCUGUUAUGGGAAGAUGAUAUUCAUCCUCAUUAUGUCAUGAGGCGUUAUGCUGAAUUUACAGCUUCUCUUAUUCAUCUCAAUGUUGAAUAUGGAGAUGGGCAGCUUGAAUUGAAUAUGGAACGAUUGAGAAUGGCUGUUGACGAUGUCCUUAUGAAGCUUGCAAAAUUGUUUUCAAAACCAAAGUUACAAAUUGUGUUUCUUAUAAACAACUAUGACAUGACAAUUGCAGUGCUGAAGGAAGCUGGUCCUGAAGGCGGUAAAUUUCAACUGCACUUUGAGGAGCUGCUAAAGAGUAACACAGGAUUAUUUGUGGAAGAAUUGCUAGUGGAGCAUUUUAGUGAUUUGAUUAAGUUUGUGAAGACUCGAGCCUCGGAGGAUCCUAAUGCUAGCUCUGAGAGGCCUAUAACUGUUGCCGAAGUCGAGCCACUUGUUAAGGAUUUUGCCAGCAGAUGGAAGGCUGCAAUAGAACUGAUGCACAAAGAUGUGAUAACGUCCUUUAGCAACUUUUUGUGUGGAAUGGAGAUCUUAAGGGCUGCAUUGACUCAGCUCCUGCUUUACUAUACCAGACUUUCAGAUUGCAUAAAGAGGAUCAAUGGUGGUACUGCCCUGAACAAGGAUCUUGUGUCCAUAUCUUCAAUCAUGUAUGAAAUCAGGAAAUACUCGAGGACCUUCUAAUCCAUUGCUAUUUUCCACUUGACAAGAGGUUCUCCUAUCAAGUUGAGUUGGAACUGUUGUUGCACAUUCUCGGUAUAGUUUUCCCAGUAUAGUUGUAUAAAUUAAAAUUCAUUUUUUAUUUUUUCUUUUGUCAUCUUUUUGCCACUAGUUAUUUAAUGAACAAUUUCUUGGAUCUGGGCCAAUUUUGAUGAAGUUGAAAGAUGAAAAUUAAUGUUCUUUUGGA